ACCAGCAUGAAUUUACUUUAGAGCGAAACGCGAAGUAGCGAAAUACACGUUUCUCAUGGACGCUGCCAUUGUAAAUGUUGUGUUCCGCUUCCGGCAAAGUUGGCAAGCGGGGAGGCGUUGGCGAAAGCCAGCCACGCCUUCUCCUCACUCAGGAGCACAUGGAUGGAAGCCCGUGGUUACAUCCCUUUAAAUAAGAAGCCGUAAUCAAAUAAUGUCUUCUGUUUUCAACAUUAUUUUUAUUUUAUUUAAUUAUUGAGGUAUUUUUAUUAGAGCAAAGAAGAUUGAAAGAUACUUAAAAGUUUAUUUAUAAGAAAGAAAUUAGAGAAUACAUUUCUAAACACUAUCAUAGCGACAAGCCAGAAAUGUACUCAUCAACAAAAAUGGACGUCCUAAAUUCGAAAGUUGCACCUUCCUGCAAACUUGUUUUCGAAACCUCUAAUUUUUCAAACACUAAAAGCUCACAUCAACGAGUCAUCGACAGCAAAUUUUAUAACCAUCAGGUUACCCUUGUAUUACCAUACAACUCGAAAUUACCAACAGACAUCGCCAGACUGGAAGAACAGCAAAUGGUUUAUGUACUGAAGGAAGUGCAAGCUUCUCAGUUGCUAGACAAGGAAUUUGUUGAAGCAUUUGUGAAGAGAGGAAAAUUGUACAUAAUGUCUUAUGGAACAAGAAUUGACAGUGAUGACUGCCUGGCUGUUACUCCCACAGGCAAGUUGAUUUUGAAUUUGACAAAGGACACAUAUGAAGAACUUGGUCUGGAAGGAAAGCAAACUCAGUUUUCAAAGCAUAAACCUGGAAAAUAUGUUGUAAAUAUUGACAUGAUGCUUGACUGUUUCACACCUGGAAGAAAAUAUUAUGAUAGGAUACUUUGGUGCCUAAAGGAUCGACUAGAUCUCAAGUUUGAUCUCCUUGUAUCUUGGGUUCCUCAUGACGACAACAUAUGUCCAAGUUCAGUGGCUAAAUACUUUGAAAGCAAAGGUAUCGAUGCCAUCAAGGUUCCUCUAAUAAAGCGGGUUCAGUGGCUUACCAGUGUAAAAGUUCCUGUCCUGAACAGUUCUUAUGGCACGAGAAAGGAGGAAUCUGUUUCAUAUGAAGAACUGUGGGAAUGGUUAGGAGCCAUGGCAUGUGGUGUGGACAUGUCAGAGGCAUCAGCAGAUAGUUUCAUAUCCACACUUUCAAACCCUAACCCUUCUGUGAACUGUCCACGCUGUUGUGUUCUUCAUGUGUCUGGUUUCCUCACACCACUUGCUGUGCACUGGCUCUUGAAAUAUUUAAGGUCUGAAAUAGAAAAUACAAAAGCGGGAAGUUGGGCCAGUCUGACUGUGCAUGGCUUCCUGGACUCUCCAGUAUCGGCAGGAACACGAGAACAUGGUUUUUUCCAAGAAGGAGACAACACAUACAGUUUUCUUACCUUUGCUAACAUGGACUACUGGCUGUUCUCUGCAUUUGGAAGUCAAGACUUUUGUCAGUAACAUAUAUUGUUGAAGUUUAUACAUGAAUUUUGUAUGCUCAGUGAACUGGAUUGAAUGGUACAAAUGUGUGUGUGUGCUUGGAUAUGCAUGCACAUCUGUGUAUUGUAUUAAACUCAUGCAAAUUUUCA